AUGAACUGGACUGCGCUCCUUUGGUUGUGCCUGGCCUCGUGCCUCCAGCUUGUCUUUGCGCAGGACUACACCUGUAGUGCUACGAAGCCCUGUGCUAUCGGAUGUUGCUCCAACACAGGUGUCUGUGGUCUGGGACCCAACUUUUGCGGUGAGACCUGUAUUUCUAACUGUGAUCGCAAAUCGGAAUGCAACCCAGGAUGGGGCUUGGAGUGGUCUGCCUCCCAAAACUGUCCCCUGAACGUUUGCUGCUCUAAAUUUGGCUUCUGUGGCACGACGGACGAGUUCUGCGGUGACAACAAAGUCCAGGCGCCCCAAUGCUCCAGCGGCUCUAGCUCAUCGAAGCGAACCGUCGGGUACUAUGAGGGCUGGAGUGUCACUCGCAGCUGUGACCGCAUGUACCCUGAAUCCAUUCCAAUUGGUUCCUACACGCACCUCAACUUUGCUUUCGCAUUCAUUGACCCCGUUACCUUCAAGGUGGCCCAAAUGAGCCCCGGUGACGAAGAACUCUAUAAGCGCUUCACUGGCCUAAAGAGCUUAUAUCCCGACUUGGAGACUUGGAUUUCUAUCGGGGGAUGGAGCAUGAAUGACCCCGACCAGCCCACGGCCUCUACGUUUUCUGAUCUAGCAGGCUCUGCUGAUGCGCAGGCCAAAUUCUUUGCGUCGCUCAUAUCUUUCAUGGAGACAUAUGGCUUCGACGGGGUCGAUAUCGAUUGGGAGUAUCCCGUCGCUGCAGAACGUUCAGGCAAGCCAUCGGACUACCAGAACUUCCCUGCGUUUUUGAGAAAUCUUCGAAGUGCGUUGAGUGGUACCGGCCACAAGUAUGGCAUCUCUAUUACAAUUCCUUCCUCCUACUGGUACCUGCAGCACUUCGACGUUGUCGAGAUCGAGAAAACAAUUGACUGGUUCAACAUGAUGUCCUACGAUCUUCACGGGACUUGGGACGGCCAGAAUCAGUACACGGGCCCCUAUCUUAAGGCUCACACCAACAUCACUGAGAUUGACCAGGCGUUGAACUUGCUUUGGCGUAAUAACAUCAAUCCUGAUCAUGUUACCUUGGGUCUUGGUUUCUAUGGUCGGUCGUUCACUCUCACUGAUCCCUCAUGUACCAAGCCAGGCUGCACCUUCUCCUCCGGUGGCAACGCCGGGCCUUGUACCGCAUCCGUGGGGACACUGUCCUAUUCCGAGAUUGAAAAGAUUGUUGCCAAUGGAGCCAAGGUGGAGCUGGAUGCGGAGGCCGCUGUGAAGAUAGUCACUUGGGGCGGAAACCAAUGGGUCAGCUAUGAUGAUGCUGAGACUCUCAAGCUCAAGCUGAACUAUGCCAACAACCACUGCCUUGGUGGUACUAUGGUGUGGGCCGCAUCGACAGAUGAUUCGCAGGGUAGCGCGGCCAAUGCACUGUCGAAAUUGACGGGCCGAUCUGUGAUCUCCCUGGCCGCUAGCUCGUCAUCGACCGAGCAAGUUCAAUCCUGCCGGUUGAGCGAGUGCGGACAAGAGUGUCCGAGUGGCCUCAAGCCGGCGCAGCGCAGUGACGGUAAGAACCGGGGCAACACAGGAACGAAUACCGGAUGCCCCAAGGGCCAGUCGCGGCUGUACUGCUGCCCCCCGGAUAACAUGCCCACAUGUACCUGGAGAGGAGGCGCCCCGUUCUGCAACGGCAAGUGCCACGACGGCGAGGUUGAAGUAUCAAGCAGCUGGAGCGGGACCGGACAAUCCUGCUGGACUGGACACAAGGUACUGUGCUGUCAACAGAACGCGGCCAACGCGGCUGCUGCCAAGUGCAAGUGGUACGGCAGUGCCCCCUUUUGCUCUGCCCCGUUCAACACAGCCAGUUGCCCCUCGGGCCGCCAACGGCUCACGUACUCGAGCUUUGGUGCGGGUGGUGAGGAGCCGUGCAUCACCGGACAGAAGGCUUUUUGCUGUGACCAACCGGCGCCAUAUGAGAAUUGUGACUGGUACUAUCACGGAGGUAAAGCCCGGGGCGCGAUUCCGUUUGUGUGCACUGGUGAAUGUCCGGCCGGCAAGGCGUCGAUUGCCACUGAUCCAUCAGGAUGUUUCUCUGGCUACGGAUCGUUCUGCUGUGAUUCCCCCGCGACAACCAAUGAUCCCCUGGUGGCCGCAUUUUCCGAUCGUCUGGCGAAGUUCGCUAAGAACCCUGUUUGCAAGGCCAGCGAUCGCCAGUAUAGCAAGCGGGAUGAAAGCAACACGACACUUGCUCUGGCUAAACGACAUGACCUGGCCCCGUCGGACUGGUCUGGGAUUAUGUUACAAGUCACAGCCCUGGCUCUGGGCCGAUCUGGCACAUACCAGUCGUCGUUGAUGGCCAGCCAAUUCAAUGAGACCUAUGGAGAGCCUUUUGGCCUGACACUGGAUCAGAUCCACCGAUUCUUUGACGAUGCACCACUUGUGGAUACGAACUCUCGCACAGAGAGUUUGAUGUGCCUAGGCAGAAAUGCCGGGAAUCAGGUGGAGGACUACGAGAGAACUCGCAGCAGCGUCUGCGUGCGGCCCUGCUCGUCGGCUCGAUCAAAGCGUGGCAGCAUCGGGGAGACUCAAUCAGGGGCUAGACGGACUGACCUGCUCGUGGCUCGCAAUAUCUUGCAGACGGAGGAGUCUAUCUCUGGAGGAGGGGGCAUCGAACCCAGCUGGAGAUACAUCGUGGAUGGCAUUAUUGCUGGCCAUCUGCCGCUGGUUUAUGAACAGCUCAUCCGCACCAAUAGCGGAGAGAACAUCCUUGAGAUUGUUUGGCAGAUCACCGAUAGUAGCUACCAGGAGACGGCGGCAGAUCGCUUUGUUGCCUUCCAUUUCCACUUUGAGCAUCUGAUUAAUCGCGGGGGCGUCAACCGCGCUGGAAUCUAUGCCGUCGUCGCCUUUCACGGACAGGAGUACGCCAGCGGGUACCAGUUUGCACGCGUUGACGGUAAUGCCCAUCAUGGAGAUAACCGCCGCGCACAUAUCAUGGAGUGCAACACGGGCAGCGAGGCAAACCAGCACACGAUCUACUGGUACCCGGGCGAUCUGCCCAACUCAGCGUCCGCGGGUCUCCCUCAAUGGGCGCAGGCCAUCACCCGGUUUGGCAAUUAUCUGUACGACGAGGACCUGAUCACGGAGGAGACCUUCACUGGCGCCCAGCGCGGCCAGUUGACCACGUACACCAUCCCCAACGACCCAUGUCCUGGACGGCACUACGUCGACUGGGGCACAUACCAUCAGAGCCGUCAAUUUACACCGAAUGGGAAUGCACGGGGACAGUGGGAAACGCAGGACACCCAGAAUGAUAAUGACGAGGUAUAG